AUGAGCAACAAAACGAAGACUUUCCGGGUUCGUCGGGUGCCAGCAGAAAUCACCCGCCAGAGCCUCGCUCAGUUCUUGCAAGGCUCUGUGACUGAUCUCGGCGGAGAAGAAAACAUCCAUGUUCGCUCUCUAGCCCAAUCACCGGACGUGUGGGAUUCUCCUCGAUCACAAACAGCGACACUGGAGUUCAGUGAAAUACCUAAGCCGCUGCAAGAAGUGAAUAGAACAACCUGGGAAUUUACCACCGUUGGGGGUGAUCAAUCACUCAUAUUCGACACGCAUUUCCUAGGCUUUACCCCUCUGAAUAAUGUCGACGACCGUCACCAUGCAUACGACUUGAUCGCCGUUUCCGGUCUUGCAAGUCAUCCAUUUGGCUCAUGGAGACAGAGGAAGCCGCCUGGACAGCGUCAAUUCAUGUGGCUCCGAGACCAGCUCCCCUACGACUUUCCCACUGUGCGCUGCAUGACCUACGGCUAUGAUACGAAGCUCGUGGGGAGCGACUCAUUCCAAUCUCUCGACGACCUUGCUCUAUUUUUUACAAGUCAUCUGUCGAGUAUUGGACGAGCACAGUACUCUGCUAAACCAUUGAUACUUUUAGGCCAUAGCCUUGGCGGCAUUCUUGUGAAAAGAGCAUUGUCAAUUCUCGCCGCGUCUCCUAGAGAGGACUCCCAGACUAUGCUUUCAAAGACCAAGUUGUUCAUGGGAUUCGGCGUACCGAAUCGAGGGAUGCAGAUCGAUCAUUUACUUGCCAUUGCAGGACCAAGGCCCAACAGAGACUUGAUUAAGACUCUCGAGCAGCAAAGGCAGAAUGUCCCGUCCUGGCUCUCCCUGGUAGACGAGCAGUUCUCUGCAAUCGCACUGCAUAACUCUAUCCGCAUUGUGUCGGCUUAUGAGACCGAAAUGACGCCCUUGACUGAGAUGCAAUCAAAUGGUGAUGCGCAGAGAACUGGUGCUUCCGAGAUCCUCGUGCAGCGCGAGUCUGCGAUGCGAUACAGCUCUAGGGACACCGAAGACAGCUUUCCCAUUAACAGAAAUCAUUCAGACAUGGUCAAGUUCGAAAGAGAUGAUCAUUACUACUUUGUUGUCCGUGAUUUCGUGCGCAAGGCAGUGAGCACCGCUGACGCUGGUGAUGAUGACCUGCUGUACGAGCCAGCAUCCCGUGAGUCCACAGCUUCUCUUCAAAGACCCAGGCACCACGUCAAAGCCUCUGUUCAUCUUGGCGACAAGGCACGCACAGAACAGCAAGCAAUGGACGGCGUAGUAUUUCCAUCAUUGGACGAUGUUGUGAACUUCAAAGUACUUCUAGAAUCUCUAGAUUUUGAAGAAAGCAGCUUCCGCUUCGAGGCAAUCGAACGAGCCCAUGACUCCACCUUCGGCUGGAUCUUCGAAAAGCCAGAACUGCGUUUCAUACCCUGGAUCUUGCAAGGCACGGGGAUAUAUUGGAUCCGUGGGAAGCCAGGGGCAGGGAAGAGCACACUUAUGAAGUACCUUCAUAACACUGAACAGCUCAAGGAGGCAAUAAGAGCCAGAGGCAUGCAAGGGCGACAAAUUGACUUGUGGUUCUUCUUCAACGAGAGGGGCACGUACCUCCAGAAAUCCUUAGAUGGUUUACUGCGAGCAGUGCUGGCGAGACUGGUCUCCCAAGAUCCUGCCAUCGCUCAGCUGGUGCUUGAGGCUUACCAACGUAAGCCUCGAGAGAUUCGUAACCGUUGGAACUUCGAAGACCUCAAAGAUGUUUUCGCCGCAGUACUUACGCAAGACCACCAUCAUCUUGAGCUUACAAUCUUCCUCGAUGCUUUGGAUGAGUAUUAUGGAUUUCCGGAAGUAAUAUCGCAGUGGAUUUUUCAUAUCGUGUCUGCCUCACGAGAUCCGCAAAGCCGAACGAAAGUCAGGUUUUGCUUUUCCAGUCGUGAAUGGGACAGCUUUGUCAAGGCUUUCGGCGGCGAGCCUGGGUUCGUGUUGCACGAGCACACGUAUCAAGACGUGGAACAAUACACCACCAGCAGAUUAUCACAACUAACUUCGCAGAUGACUUCACAGCAUCAAAUCGCCGCAGAUGACCGAUCGACUCCCAAUAAACAACUUUUGCUUGCGGAUGUCGCCCGCAUGAUCGCUUCCCGGGCGGAAGGAGUUUUUCUCUGGGUAAAGCUCGCAAUUGAUGAGAUUACGUCGUCACCAACAAUUUCGUCUCAAGAAGAGCUUGAAAUGCUGAUCAGCAGGCUGCCGGCAGAUUUGGAAGAAUUUUACAUGCGAAUCAUUUCCAGAAUCCCCAAAUAUUCACGCCACAGAGCAUUUGUGCUCUUGGAAAUAGUGUCUCGGAGCUCGGACUUGCUCAGCCCUCAGGAUCUAUUCUACGCCUCUGCCUGCGCUCUGGGGAGCACAUUCCAAGAAUGCGAGAAGCACUUGUGCAACGCCGGAUAUAAGUCUCCCCGAAUUUUGUGCGAGCCCAAAAAAAUCAGCAACGGCCUUCUUAACCUCUGUGGAGGCUUCCUCGAGCGCGUGGACGUAAGUGUGUCCCACACAGUGGUCCAAUUCAUCCAUCGAACAGUGCGCGACUUUGUGGCAAGUCCGCAAUUUCCACAGGUCAUCCUGGGCGAUUCGUACAAGCUGCAAUUGGACAAUGGCUAUACCUUUCUUCUGAAAUAUUACUGCGUGGUCGCAAGUCUGGAGCGGUGGAACUACAGGGGUGAUACACUCUUCAAAUUGGCACACCAUGAUGAAAGGUCGACUGGCCGUGCAGCAACUACCUUUCUCAACAGUCUGCCCAGGUCGUUCUUCGAUAGACCUGAGCAGCGGAGCGAUGAUGAUCAUGAUACCUCCUACUUCCUAUUCGGUGUACUAGGCAAUCUCUAUUUUUACAUUCGAGAAUGCCUCAGAGACAUCGAAGCUCACCGUGCUGAACGCCCCUUGCACAAGAUAGCAUUGCAGAUAUCAAGCGAAAUUACACGAAAGGGAAUGGCGACCGACUAUUCGAAGAUGGCACAAAUCAUUGUGGAACAUGGGUUUGGCGUUGACGAUGAGUACUUGGGACUGACUCCAUUCGAGACCAUUUUCGCCUCGGCCGGAGCAAGGGCAAGACUACUGUACCUGAAUGCCUGCAGGAGUCAAGAGGCCGUCGGUUUCGCGCGAGUACUCAUCCAGCAUGGUGGGCAAGACCCGAAUGCCCUGCUUCGGGUGUGGAGCGGUGGGCGGACGACAGAGUUCAGGCGUGCCCUCCAUGUUUCCUGCGGCCCGAUGGCACAAAUGCUCCUAGAAAUUGGAGCUGAUGUAAAUGCGCGAGACUCUACCGGACGCACUCCCCUGGACAUGUACGUGCUCUUUUGGACAGACAUUUGGAGAGACACAGAAGGCUUCGAUGAUAUUGUGCUAUUAAUGUUACAUGGCGGCCGCUUAUCCCGUCGAGGUAAAAAGGGACUUCCUGAAUUCCUGAAGCAAAUUCAACCAGGUGAUUGUUCCUUUCCCGACGCCCUCCUUACCCAGCCAACUAUUGGUAAGGAAAAGAAGACGAUCAACGUGAGAAGCAAGAUUCGCGAAUUCAUUUCACGACAUCGGAGCUAG